AUGGAGAUAAUACUGAAGAGAUCAUCUAUAAGAGUCAUAUUCCUUUUUCUAUCCUUACUUUUAAAUAUUCAAUCAACUUUAGCCUGGAAUCCUUCUAAUAGUUAUGCUCCUGCAUACGUCCAAUGUCCAGCAUUCUUAAUACCUUCAAAUGGUUCUUCUUCUUCUUCUUCUUCUUCAUCUUCAUCUUCAUCUUCAUCUUCAUCUUCAUCUUCAUCUUCAUCUUUUUUAUCAUCAAUUCCUUCUCUAUUAAGAGAAGCUUCAUCCAUUUCGCAAAAUGAAUCAAUAUGGCUACAAAAAAGAUUACAACAUAUUAAAUCCCCAUUGAAAAAUUUCUUAAAUAAUUCUUUUACAAAUAUUCCAUCACAAAAUAAUACAAUAUCCACUUCCACUUCCACUUCCACUGCUACCAAAGAUGAUAACCAAUAUAUAAUAUCUUCUUUAAUUUCAACUUUAUUAGGUAACGAUUCAAAUAUACCGAAAAUUGGAAUAGCUAUAUCAGGCGGUGGUUAUAGAUCAAUGUUAACAGGUGCUGGAAUCCUAGCAGCAAUGGAUAAUAGAACAAAUCAUUCCUUAUCAUCAUCAUCACAUAAAAAACAAUCUUUAGCGGGACUUUUACAAUCGACAAUAUAUUUAUCAGGUGCAUCAGGUGGUAAUUGGCUUGUAGGUACUUUAGCUUAUAAUAAUUGGACUUCAAUACAAGAUAUCUUAAAUAGUUGGUCAAAUCAAGAUAAUAAUAAUAAAAAAGAUGACGAUAAAUCCAAUGAUAAAGAUAUAUGGGAUCUUUCAGAUUCUAUCAUCUCCCCAGGUGGUAAAAACAUUUUCAAAUCCGCAAUGAGAUGGAAUCAUAUCUCUGAUGAUCUUCAAGAUAAACAAAAAGCAGGAUUCGAUACUUCAUUAGCUGACGUUUGGGGUAGAGCUUUAUCAUAUAAAUUCUUCCCCAAUUUAUAUAGAGGCGGCGCUGCAUAUACUUGGUCAUCUCUAAGAGAUUCUCCAGUGUUCCAAAAUGGUGAAAUGCCAUUCCCAAUCUCCGUAGCAGAUGGUAGAUACCCUGGUUCAAAAGUAAUUAAUUUAAACGCAACAGUCUUCGAAUUUAAUCCAUACGAAAUGGGGUCAUGGGAUCCUUCUUUAAAUUCUUUCACGGACGUCAAAUAUUUAGGUACGGAUGUAUCAAACGGUAUCCCAAGAGAUUAUGAUAAAUGUGUUCAAGGUUAUGAUAAUACAGCAUUCAUUAUGGGUACAUCUUCAACAUUAUUUAAUCAAUUCCUUUUAAGAAUUAAUUCUACAAAAAUUAAUUUACCAAAAUUUAUUACUAAAUUGGCAACUCAUUUUUUAAAGGAUCUUUCACAAGACUUUAAUGAUGUAGCUACAUAUCAUCCAAACCCAUUUAAAAAUUCAAAAUUCAUUGAUAAAUCCAAAAAUUUCUCAACAAGUAUAGUUCAAUCAGAUUCAUUAUAUCUUGUGGAUGGUGGUGAAGAUGAUGAAAAUAUUCCAUUAUUACCAUUAAUUCAACAUGAAAGAAAUUUAGAUAUAAUUUUCGCCAUAGAUAAUUCCGUUGAUAUGAAAUUAGGUUGGCCUGAUGGUUCAUCUUUAGUUCAUACUUUUGAAAGACAAUUCGUUAAACAAGGUGAUGGAACAGCUUUCCCAUAUGUCCCUGAUUCAAACACUUUCGUUAACUUGGGAUUAAAUGAAAAACCAACAUUUUUCGGUUGUGAUGCCAAGAAUUUAACUAAUUUGGAAUAUAUCCCACCAUUGAUAGUAUAUUUACCAAAUUCAAAAUAUUCUUUUGAAAGUAAUCAAAGUGCUUUCAAAAUGUCAUAUUCGGAAUUACAAAGACGUCAAAUGAUAUCCAACGGAUAUGAAAUUGCAACAAGAAAUAAUUUCACUGAUGAUCCAAUGUUUGCCACUUGUUUAGCUUGUGCUGUAGUGAAAAGGAAACAAGAAUCUUUGAAUUUAACUUUACCUGAUCAUUGUCAAUCAUGUUUCAAUAAUUAUUGUUGGGAUGGAUCACUUGAUAUUACUCCAUUACCUGAAGAAAAACAAGAUCUUCAUCAUUCUUUCAUUAAUGUGGGGCUUAAUAGAACAGACGCUGAUCCAUAUGUUCAAUUGAAUCAUAAUGAUGAUUAUUUGGAUGAUCAAGAUGAUGAUGAUGAUGAGGAGGACGAGCAAGAUAUUGAUCUAACUAAACCGUCAGCUACAGGCAGAACAAGAAAUUAUCAACGGAAAUCAAAUUCAAAAAAUAUUGAUCCAAAAAAUCAUCACCCCAUAAUAAAUUUAAAAAUUAUUAUGGUAUUAUUAUGCAUAAUUACAAUAUUAAUUGGGUUCAUAUAA